AUGCAGGAGGAACCAAAACGUGGGUUUGAAUUGACCGAAGAUGUGGAGCAGGGUAUGGCCAAGGAACAACAAGAUUUGAGAUGCAACGAGAGUGCUGUAUCUGUCAAUGCCGCUCGCAGGAAGGCUCUUAUCUUCAAGCAAGAUUUACGAGUCGUUCCGCUUUCAGCCUUCAUCUAUUUGCUCUGCUACCUUGACCGGUCGAAUAUUGGAAAUGCCAAAACGCUGAAUGAAGACACGCACAACGACUUGAUGACGGAAACAAGUAUCACCGAUUUUGAAUACACGAUCGCAUUGAUGGUCUUCCUGAUCGCAUACGCAAUAUUCGAAGUCCCUUCUAACUACUUCCUGAAGAAAUUGAAGCCUAGUAGAUGGAUUGCAUUCCUGAUGCUAUCAUGGGGAGCCCUCACCAUCGGCAUAGGCGGCGUCAACAACUACGGCGAGCUCACAGCCGUUCGAUUUCUCCUCGGCGCUAUAGAAGCCGGCCUCUUCCCAGGGCUGGUCUACUAUCUCACAUUCUGGUACCGACCUUCAGAAAGGUCGCUGCGGGUAGCCUUGAUCCUUGCCUCGGCGACUCUUGCAGGAGCCUUCGGAGGUGCGAUCGCAUACGGUGUCGGCCAAAUGAAUGGGAUCAAUGGCGUUUCGGGCUGGCGAUAUCUUUUCUAUAUCGAGGGUGCCCCAUCUUGCGCAUCUGCGAUCUUAGUUUGGUUUCUCCUCCCCGAUUACCCAGAGACGGCUACCUGGCUGUCGGCAGAGGAGAAGGAUCUAUCACGCGAGCGAUUAGCAGUGGAAGGAUCUCAUGGAGAUUCAAAAGGACUGACCUGGGUCGAGGCAAAGCAGACGUUGAUCGACUGGCGACUUUAUGCUCACUACUUGAUUUAUUUUGGGAUUUCUACUCCAUUCUCCAGUCUCUCCUUAUUCACACCGUCGAUUACAGCUGGACUGGGUUUCUCCAACUUGCGUGCCCAGCUAAUGACCGUCCCGCCAUAUGCGACUGCGUACGUUGUGACUGUUGCAGUAGCUUGGUCGGCAGAUCAUUUCAAUGCUCGCGGGUUGCACUCCACUAUCUUUGCCUUAAUCGGAGCGAUUGGCUUUCUGUCCUCCGCUGUCCUGCCGGCGGACGCGUACGCGCAUCGGUAUGGAUGCCUUAUUGUCGCAUCAAGUGGUGCUUUUGCCUGCAUUCCCCCACUUCUGGGGUGGCUGUCCUCCAAUCUGCAUUCCACAGGCGCCGCCGGUCUCGCCAUCGCCCUCAAUAUUUCUUUCGGUGCACCUGGCCAGAUUGUCGGUGUCUGGAUCUAUAAAUCAAACGAAAAAGAGAAGGGCUACCCAACAGGUCACUGGACGAAUGCAGCGCUGUUAUUUUUCGUGGCAGCCGGGUGUGUUUUGCUACGCCUCUAUUACGGACGGCUGAACCGUAAAGGUGCCGGUAUAACGGCAUAUGCGUAUUGA